UGACACAAUUAAUGGAAAAGGUAGAUGCAAACACCUCUGUUUCCGUAAUAGGAAGAACCGCUGAGUUCCACAAUAUAGUGCUAUGCAAAAUUACAUCCAAACAACACAGCAAGUACUUCAGAGCUUUUGAUGACAAAUAUGUGGACGAAACACCAGAAAAAAAGAUAAUACUUAUCGUUCACGGCCUAUCCCCUAUGGGAUUCAGGAGUGUUCCAUGCUUAUAUAAUCAAAAAAGCUUUUUGAAAUUAGUGAAAAUGUACGCAAGUCAUUUGGACAAAUUUGAUAUAUUUUUAGUACCAAUGGGAAAUCCUGAUGGUAUUGCGGACAAGACUCUCACGUUAUGGAACAAGAACAAAUCGCCUCAAGCUGCAUGCUCAGGUGUGAACUUGGACCGCAACUUUGACGUACGUUGGAACAAGAGCCACGGCAUCAAAAGCUGCCUACAGGUUUUCCCGGGAGAAGUCCCCUUCUCGGAGCUCGAGAGCCGUGCCGUGGCGGAUCUUAUCCACCAUUACAACCACAAGAUUGUGGCGUACAUCCACGUCCAUGCUGGGACUUAUGGUCCUGGAGCAUUCAAGGGAGACGCAGUACUGUAUCCCAAAGGAUACUCCAACCAAGCGAUCGAAGACAAGUACAUCGAGUUGGACGCGGGCGUCGAAGAAGCUAUGAGGAACGCCGGUUUCAAAGUGUAUGAUGUCACUGUGACCAGCUUAUACCGAUGGUACGGACAAGUCACUGGAUCAAGUGUUGACUACGCUUCUACAGUAUAUGGCAUUCCAUAUGCCAUGGAGUUCGUCAUGCAGCCGUAUGAAAACUACAGAUCACCAGAGACCACUUCCGAGGAAAUGCACGACAACGUCCUCACCGAAGUCUGGCAAAGAGUCAUUGAGGUAGUCUUUAGCGCCAUUUACAAAGCUACAACACCGCAUUCCUCCGGAGAAUAAAAUAAAAAGAGAG